CAGGUGAUUCGUCAUUGGUAGGUUGUGGUUGUAACAAUUUGACAUUUACGUCAAACAUCGGUAACUGUUGGAGUGUAAAAAUAUGUUGAAAGUAUAGAAAUAUAAUAAAAACAAAUAUUGGCGAUGGAGCAGCUACCUGUAGAAAUUAUUGAGAAAAUUCUCAUCUACUCCAGGGUCUCUAUUGAGGAUGUAGUCCAUUUUUCCAUGACCUGCCACCACUUUUAUGAUAUUGUUAUGAACAGCAACAAGAUUUGGAAAACUAAAUUGUUUCACAAAUGGAGACCUCUGAAAACUCUUUUUGAAAACAAGCACAUACUCUUCCAGCGGGAAGUGAGGUACAUAUAUGAGUUGAGACAGAGAACUCGAAAUAUGCUGGAAAAAAUGCCACCAAAGUUUUAUAAAAAAUACGAAAUAUCCGAUUCGGAUCUGCACGAGUGGAGUCUCCUCCUAAACGAGAGGGAUGAAGUGUAUAAUUAUUUAGUACUUGAUCUCAUGGAUAUCGUGAAUACUGAUGCACCUAUCAAUAGUAUAGAAGUUGUACCCUUGAAUACUCCUGGCAAUAAAACCCUCCAAUAUUAUGCCAGCAAAGUUCUCAGAUAUAUCCGGCAGCUACAUCUCUCGAAAGUCUGGAAAGACUACAUAUCACUUCCUGAAUCACGCCAGGUUUUGGAAAUCGGGGCUGUUUUCGUGGCACAGUGGUGCCAACCGAAUGUAGAAAUCACUUUCGAAGACAUCACACAAAAACUGGACAAAAUUGCCGAUGAAGUGAAAACUGCCCUCCGGUUCUCCCACCCUCAGCACCCGAUAUUCAAGGCGUCUCAGCAAGAGCUGGAUUUGUGGAAGGUCGAGAACAGAGCAGACAAUCAAUGGAAUGUUGAUGAGUGCCGGCAACUCAUUUCUGUGAUGCGAGACGUGCUUUUCCAGCAAAUAGGCUUCAGCGGGAACAAUCACGCUUAUUAUAUGCCGCAGAAUUCUUUUAUAAACGAGGUUUUGGAGAAGCGCCAGGGUUUGCCCAUUACCCUGGCGAUUGUUUUUGAAGCGGUGGCUAGACGGCUGGGGCUAAGGUGCGAACCUAUAAGUUUCCCCGCACACUUUCUCUUGAGGUUCUGCGAGAGUUCCAGUUGUGAUUCUGAUUGGUAUUAUAUCGAUGUUUUCAAUGGCGGUCAAGUGGUGAGGAAGGGUGCUUGUCCCCAUAGCAGGUUUUCCGGGUCGAGAGAUUUGUUUCCCGUUGCAACCGCUGUCCAGGUUGUGGAAAGAAUGGCUAAUAACUUGGAGGUAUCAGCAAGACAGCACGGUCAUCCCAAUGGUAGAAUAACCCGGCUUCGAUCCAGUUUGGAGCUACUGAAACUGGUCAACCCUAGAGAUAUAUCUGCCUUAGUGAGUCUGGCUAGGCUAUACAUGUUGCACAACAUGGACACAAAGCCUCUGGAACAUUUUUUGCUCUCGCAGGAGUUUGAGGUUCCCGAGCAAGCACAAAGGGUUGUCCAUAUGCUGCGAGACUAUGAAGCGCAUCACGCCCGUAAUGAUACGGGGCUGUUCAACCAAGUAGAAGCAGCCCAGCGCAGUCCUAGCCUCAUGUACGCAGUCGGUAUGGUGAUGAAGCAUCAAACGUUAAAUUACAAAUGUGUAAUUUACGAUUGGGAUCCCGUUUGUUUGGCGGCCACCGAAUGGCAAGAGCAGAACAAUGUUGAAAAGUUAAACUUGAAGGGUAAUCAGCCCUUUUAUAACGUUCUGGUGGAGGAUGGAUCUCAUAGAUAUGUCGCCCAAGAGAACCUUAUACCGACAUCCGACAAGGAAGCCAUAUAUCUUAACGACGAUGUAGGGCGACAUUUUUCUCACUUUUUCGAAACUCAUUACGUCCCGAACGCUGAGAAAGAAAAAGAAUAUCCCGCCGACAAAAAAGUUCGACACAAGUUCCACCAUCAGAGGAAACUCGAGAGUUUCACUUUGUAAUUUACUUUAUUGUAGGAAUAUAUUUGUAAGGUAUGAAGAAAUUAUUUUGGGUUCCAAUUUAGGUUCAGAGACGACUUUUUUUUCUCCGAUUUGUUCCUUUGUGAUGUAGAAACGAUCUUGUUUCGACCAAGCUGUCACUAGUUGUGAUAUUGAUUCGAGUAUUUUAUCUUUAUUAAGAUGUUAUAGGUGCUAACCAGCUUCCUUAUUUGUAGAUUUAUUUUAUUACAAUAUCGUUUAUUGUAUGUGCAGUUGAAUGAUAACCGCUUCUUUAACUCUGAAUAAAAAUAGUGUACAGGAUGUCCAAUAAAUACAGUGUUUUUUU